GCCAAAUCUCAAAAGGAAUCAGGAAGCGUGCCUACGUCUUAUAAUUAUUUACAGUUGUGACAGGUAAACAGUUAUCAUUCACGGGAUUUACAUCGUACAAAACAUAUUGGUGGUUUAAAACAAGAAACAUGCUUGCGAAAGGACGGCGAUCGGCCUUAAAGAGAAGAGAUGAGAAUAUUAUUCGGACGUUAACUUAUCACGAUUCUGACGAAGGUGAGCUUAGUCCCAGUGAUGGCGAUUUUGUGCGGUGUGGCAAUUUGUUUUCGCCUUGUCGGUUUAAAUCUGAUAGAAAUGACGAUCAACCUUCGGAAUUUAUCGAAAUCGAUUUACCAUCUUCACCAAUGUCUAGUCCAAGAUCAUCACGAAAUGUAAUUAGACAUAUGAAACGAUCACCAAUACAGUUUACACUCGACGAAGGAAACGAAGGCGAUGUUGACGACGACGAGCAGAGGGUACCGGCACCCGGAACGACCAUUGAAUCGCCAUGUCCGAACUCUCCACCACACAACAGAUUACGUGCUCUAAGACUGUUCGAUACACCACAUACGCCCAAAUCUUUACUUCAAAAAGCUAGGAGACGUCGGUUAACGGACGAAAGAAUUGCAAAAGAGAAAAAAAGACUAACACCACCUUCGGAAAAUCGAGUGGAAGCUAAUUUCAACCCAUUUACGCCAAAUAACAACAGACCUCAAACUGUGAAUACAUCCAUGAAACGCAACAGAAACCAGAUGGAAAGAAGUAUAUUGGACGAUUCAACGGAAGACGAAAUUGAAGUAGACAUGCCCUCAACAAAGAAAAUUGCACUGCACGAGAUUAAUACAUCCCGUUACAAUGAGGAAUUUCAUGAAGUGUGCAAGCUUGGUGAUGGAGAGUUUGGUAGUGUCUACAAAUGUGUGCACCGUCUAGACGGUUGUACUUACGCUAUCAAGAAAUCAAAGAUGCCUGUCGCAGGCAGUGUAUAUGAGAGGAAUGCUAUGAAUGAAGUGUACGCCCAUGCGGUACUCGGGAAACACCAACAUGUGGUGCGGUACUAUUCGGCCUGGGCAGAGGAGGACCACAUGUACAUACAAAACGAAUACUGCAAUGGUGGCAGUCUAGCAGAGGUUGUGGACGAAGAUAAGCGUACGGGAAGGGUAAUGAGUGAGGCAGAACUAAAGACCAUUAUGUACCAAUCUGUCCUCGGACUUAAGUACAUUCACUCCCAGAACCUGGUGCACUUGGAUAUCAAGCCUGGCAAUAUCUUCAUCCAUAGAAACCCAAAAUUCCUACAGUCCCCCGAGAGUGGUAUGGAGUCCUGUGGAGAGGAGGAAGAAGAGGAGGAGGCGGCCAUCAUUUACAAAAUUGGUGAUUUAGGCCAUGUGACAUCUGUGACCAACCCUACAGUGGAGGAUGGAGACUGUCACUACCUUCCAAAAGAAAUCCUUAGUGAGAACUUUGACCAUCUGUCCAAAUGUGAUGUAUUUUCACUUGGCCUUACCAUGUAUGAAGCAGGAGGUGGCCACAAUCUGCCUCGCAAUGGUCCACAGUGGCACAAAAUCCGCGAGGGUCAACUGCCCUGUCUACCCCACCUGUCGGCUGAAUUGAACCAACUUCUCAAGAGCAUGGUCGACCCAGAUCCUGUUAAACGUCCCAGUGCAGCAGCUGUAGCCUCCAGCCCCAUCCUGUGUCCACAAUCCACCAAAUCGCGAGCACAACUCCGACGAGAACUAAAUGAAGAACGGUUCAAAAAUCAGAUGCUCUCAAGAAAACUUGUGGAGGCCACGCAGUGUCUUACAAGAAUCACGCCUGCCAGUUUCUCGGCCAAUGUAACCAGGAAGAGUCGUCUGAUCGGGAACAAGAUGAAAAGGAGUAUGAGUUUGUCUGCGUUCUGAUCAAGGGAGAGGGGAAAAAAGUGCAACAAAUAUUCUGUAGUUAUCCUACAUGGAGACUAAUAUAUACUGUGUAAAUACCAAUAAUUCUGUACAGCCAUCCGACCUGGUCGGGAAGGAACUCCUAUAGUGCACUCAAUUAUGUAUGGAAACCAUUGACUGAAGCAGGUCUUCUGUUUGUGAUAUGUGUGAUGAUAAACUUGAGAAGUGUAACUUCUGAACCAUUGUGAUAUAUGACUUGGAGGAGGCAAGGCAAUGAGGAGAUUGGCGGACGUUGGGGGGUAGGGGGCAGUUGGCGGACACUGGGGGUAGGGGGUAUUUGUGAACAUGUAAUGCACAUGCUUUUUCAAUAAGAAAAGGCUUGUGGAAUUGUUUCUUAAUUUUCAACACCACAAUUUUCACCUAUUCACCGUUUUUGAAUUGGUGGUUUUCCCCUUCUAUAAUCUGUAAUUGAUAAUUAUUGAUUCAAGGUAUUUGGUCAAGCAUAAAAUAUCUUUCCUUUGACAUUCUUUUUGACAAACCAUUCAAUUUUUUGCCAUAUUUGUUUUGCAUUUUAUUUUUCUAAUCGAGCUGUGAAAAAAGGUAUUGCCAAAGUUCAAAAUAUGAAAUUAGAUUGUUUCUUUGGAAAAUAUUUUUCACUUGGCCUAAUGCCUUUCUAUUUGUUAAAUUUAUGUCAGUCAUAUUUCAUUUUACAAAGAUUUUAUUGAAUAAGCAAAUUCAAUGCUUGGCCUUAUGCGAAUAAAGUAUUAUAGUUAUAGAUUUUUGUUCCUAAUUUUUUAAAAUUUCUAUUAAAACAUUAGCAUCUAAAAGUUGACAAAUCAGGGAAUUGAUUUGUUAAGCACCUUUCCUUCAUAACAUACCAGUAACAAGGUUAGUGAUGUAACACUUAUCACUUAAUGUCGGAAUUUAUUUGCAUAAUUUUUUCUUUGUUAUCCAGAUCAUUGCUUCCCAUAAAAUGAAAAUAUAAGUGAAGUUUGUUAGGGUUGUUUAAAAAACAUCUUGUGGGGAUGGGGUGUCAGAUUUUGGAUGGGGUGUCAGAUUUUUUAUUCUUAUCCAAAUUUAUUUUUCUCACAAAUUGCUAGAAAGUAUAAAAAUACUGUAUAUAUAUUAAAAUCUUUUAAAAUAAAAUUACCUUUUUUUGUUCAACUGACAGAUAAGGAUAAAUUUUGAUAUUAAUAAUUUAUGGAUUUUUGAUGCAAUGCACCUUUUGGGUGAUACUGGAAUGAAACUGAUACUUUGGUUGUUUUAGGAGAUCCUAUUAAUUUGAAAUAAAUGUCCCAUUACACAAAGAAUUGUAUUUUGCAUGUGUAAAUGAGUAGUUCCUCACAUGUAGCUUUUUUAUAGCUUCACAUCUCUCACUUCUAUGAAAUUAUCCUUGUUCAGAAAUAUUUCUGUAUUUAUAUUUCAUGCAUGUCUGAAUUUGUAUGCCCUUUUUCGUAUAAAAUAUUUCUGAUUAUUGACUUCAAUCACUGACACAGUUGUGAAACAUUGUGUUGUACUUGUUGGGAAAUAAUAUUUUUGACGGCUUUGCUUGUUGAGGAAAAAAAGUUAAUAUUUACAUUUGAAUAUUCAUUAGUGACCAUCCCACGAUUCGCUGUUAAGUUAUUUAAUAUAAUACAUUGUAACGUGCCUUAACCAAAUGUUAUUUGUGUACAGUCUGUUGAAAAUAUAAUUUCUAAAUAUCAAAGAAUUUAUACUAGUUAAUUAUUGCAAAAUCUGUUGAAUUAGACAAAAAAAAAAACCACCCAAAAUCUUUUGAUAAAACAAAUAACUCACUAGAAGUUUUCAGGCAAUUUAGAUUUUUGUUUUCAAAUAAAAUUGGCAAAUUAAAGCUUGGCGCUUGAAUUUAGGAUUUAAAUGUUUGUAAAAAACAACAAAAGAGCAGAUUUUCAGAAUAGAUAGGGUCCAGACACAACAUUUUUACUAUGAAAUGCAGUGACUUAUUUAUAAAUAUGGAUCUGAAUUAGACAAGGGUAGCUUUAGUCAGGUUAUACUGUGAUAUUAUUUCCAUACAUUAUGUUUGCAUUAUAUAGGGCUGAUAAUGGCCAGUUUGUAUCCAUGUAAUUAUGUCGAAAAUUUGUUGUAUCAAAGUCAGUAUUCGUGUUACUGUAAUGGAUCAAAAUAUGCCUGUAUCUGUCACUAUUUUCUCCUCCACAAGCAAAGCUGUCGGUUUUCUUGGGGUGUUAUCCAAGUUUCUGUGUACUAAGUCUGCUGUCAACAUUAUCAAGGUGCUGUAUGUAACUUUUACAAAAUAAAAUUUUAAUCUAA